CACAACGCUGCUGUGUUCUGUGUAUCUGUUCUCCUGUGAUUCAUGGGGCAAACUGUAAUUUAUUGUCCCACCUCCUCAUAUGUCUUUCACAAGACAUUACUGCCAAACAGCACUGUCUUAUAUCCUUAAUCUCUCCUGCCACAUGAUUUCUGGCCAUGCCCUUAUCUCUGCUUUCUGUCUUAACAGCUAAGCUGGUACAGUUUUCUGACAGGAAUGAAGAAUGGGAUGGUGACUGCAGGCAGUGCUUCACCAGGCAGAUACAUACACAGCUUUGUAAAAGGUUCUGCCUAGAGCAAUCGAUAGCGCAGUCCUGGGGGAUGCCACUUUCAGUCCCAGCUGCAGACAGACGGCAGAGAGCCUCAGCAGCAUUUUCUCUCAGUUUUCUCUCUUUAGUCUUCUCCAUCACCGCAUUCAGUAGUAGUUACUGGUGUGAAGGGACAAGAAAAGUUGCCAAACCUUUCUGUACGGGGCAGAGCAGAGGGGAUCACUGCAUCCGCUUUAAUAGCCCUGAUGCCAGCAACAGCAACGCUGUGCAAUAUAUUUGGGAGACAGGAGAUGACAAGUUUGUUGAUCAGAAGUUUCAUGCUGGAAUUUGGUAUUCCUGUGAAGAAAUUAUAAAUGAAGAAGGUGAGAAAUGUAGAAGCUUCAUCAGUCUGACUCCAGCUUCUGAUCGAGGAGUUUUAUGGCUGUCUAUUGUCACAGAGCUUCUGUACAUCAUUUUGCUUCUGACUGGAGUCAUUCUUAUGUCAGUAGAAAUGUGCUACUACAGCACUGUCAUUGAUGGGCUAAAGAUCAACGCCUUCUCUGCAGUAGUCACCGUAUUAGCAGGUCUUCUGGGCAUGGUUGCUCAUAUGAUGUACACAACUGUAUUUCAAAUGACUGUAAAUCUUGGUCCUGAAGACUGGAGACCUCACACAUGGGAUUAUGGCUGGUCCUAUUGCCUCGCAUGGGCUUCCUUCGCUUGCUGUAUGGCUGCAGCUGUCACCACUAUUAACAAAUACACAAAAACUAUUUUGGAAUUCAAGCACAAAAGAAAAACGUUGGGAAGGAGUUUAAAGAUUAAAUACAAGUUUCCUGAUCAUACAUCUCCAGAGAAAGCUUGCAAUGUGUAUGUGAACUCGUUUCACAACCGUACGGAGGACCCUGCACGUCCAAUAAAAGGCUUGCGGCACCUGGCCACUAUUUCAGUUCUGUAAAUUUGAACUGUACCUCAAGGCAUCCUAUAAAUCAUAAUGUCAGAUCAAAAUGAAACAGUAUUAAUAAAAAUGUAUACUUG